CGGAUACAAAAGAGUUCCAGACUGCAGAGGCAAAGGCAGAGGGAGCAGAGGCUGACGAAAUAUUCCAAAACUGUGUGUAAUAUAGUGGUAAAACGACGUCAGUUUUCGCACGAUAAUAUUUAUUACAAUAAUUGUAACAAAAACGUGUAUAAAAUGCCGAGCGAAGAACACGGUGAUACUUUGAAGGAGGCUGAAGCGACGAUGGCGGCAAUAUACACGUCAGAGAAGAACGGGGACGACGAGACCGGGCUGGGCACAGAAUCACAGCCGUUCAAAACGAUUUUGCAGGCGAUGCGCCAUGCCGGCAAAGAGCCGUUUCCAACGAUAUAUCAAGAUCGCAAAGAUGACAAGCUGACCGAAGCUGAAAAGGGAGAAAAGUACGAACCGGCCUCAAAGUCUCAGUUGAAAAAAAUUCAUAAAAUAUGGUCAAGGGAAGAAUCAAAAAACAAGGAAAAAGGCAAGCGUCUUGCAGAGGACGAAGAGAAGCGUGCAAAGAAUCUGGAAGAAGCUAAAGCUGUUCAAAUUGAAGAGGAUAAAUCAUUGCCAGAGGCUGAACGAAUAAAAAUCAGGGACGCCGUCCAUAGCCGAGAAAAAAGAGUCAAAAUUUUUGGCUGGGUUCAUCGUUUAAGAAGACAGGGCAAAGCGCUUAUGUUCAUCACUCUCAGAGAUGGUACAGGUUUUCUGCAGUCCGUUCUCAAUGAUACUCUUUGCCAAACCUACGAUGCUCUGGUUCUUGCAACAGAGGCAUCUAUCGAGCUUUUUGGUAUCCUCAAGGCUGUACCGGAAGGGAAAACAGCGCCAGGUGGACACGAAUUGUUAGUCGAUUACUGGAGAUUGAUCGGAGCAUCGCCAGCAGGUGGGGCUGAUAGUAUCUUGAACGAAGAAGCCCAUCCUGAUGUGCAACUGGACAACAGGCACAUCAUGAUCCGUGGCGAGAAUACGUGUCGAGUUCUGAUGGUGAGGUCAGCAGUGCUACAGGCGUUCCGCGAUCAUUAUCGUGACCGCGGUUAUUGCGAAAUAACCCCACCAACGAUGGUGCAGACUCAGGUUGAGGGUGGUUCAACUCUCUUCAAGCUCGAUUACUUUGGCCAGGAAGCCUAUUUGACUCAGAGUUCUCAGUUAUAUCUAGAAACGUGUCUCCCAGCAAUGGGUGAUGUUUACUGCAUUGCACAGUCGUACAGAGCGGAACAAUCGAGAACUCGUCGUCAUCUUGCCGAGUACGCUCACGUCGAAGCCGAAUGUCCUUUCAUUACUUUUGACGAUUUGCUCGAUCGUCUCGAAGAUCUUAUUUGCGACACGGUGAAACGAGUACUCGAGUCACCUUUGGGACAUGUCGUCAUGGAAUUGAACCCAGAGUUCAAACCUCCGAAGAGGCCCUUCAAACGUAUGAAUUAUACUGAGGCGAUAGAGUUUCUGAAAGAACACGGAAUCACCAAAGAGGACGGGACUUUUUACGAGUUUGGCGAGGAUAUUCCCGAAAUGCCGGAAAGAAAAAUGACCGAUAUGAUAAACGAGCCGAUAAUGUUAUGCCGGUUCCCCGCUGAGAUAAAAUCGUUUUACAUGUCUCGUUGUCCCGAGGACAAACGACUGACAGAAUCUGUAGAUGUUCUCAUGCCCAACGUCGGCGAGAUCGUUGGAGGUUCUAUGCGUAUUUCAGAUUACAAUGAGCUUCUUGAGGGCUAUAAGCGUUCGGAUAUUGAUCCAACUCCCUAUUACUGGUACACCGAUCAGCGAAAGUAUGGAACUUGUCCUCAUGGCGGGUACGGGCUUGGUUUAGAGAGGAUUCUGUGCUGGUUGCUGAACAGAUAUCACAUUCGAGACGUGUGUCUCUAUCCCCGGUUCCUGGAACGUUGUCGCCCCUAAAUUUGUAUGUCUUCAGGAUGAUUAAAGCAACAAGUUGAAACAUCAA